UUUGAUAAAAUUGAAAGUACGAACGCUGUAUUAAGUGAUUUAAAUUUAAAUUUCGCAAUAAUAGCAAGUGCAGUCUUUAAUUUUAUCAAGAAUAACUUAGUGUGCGGAUUAUAUAAAAACCGUAAUGGCUCGAUACAUGCAGCGCCCGGAAAAUGCUCUGAAAAGAGCUAAUGAAUUCAUCGAUGUGGGAAAACCAUUGCGUGCAUUAGAUACACUGCAAGAGGUUUUUCGCAACAAGAAAUUCACUUACACCUGGUCAGAGUCUGUAAUUGAACCACUAAUGUUCAAAUAUCUGUACUUAUGCGUCGAAUUAAAGAAAUCUCAUAUUGCAAAGGAGGGGCUUUUCCAAUAUCGAAACAUGAUUCAAUUGGUGAAUGUCAAUUCACUAGAGAAUGUUAUUCGUGGGUACUUGAAAAUGGCUGAAGAGCACACAAAAGCAGCGCAGGAACAAUCAUCUGCCGCAGUGGCAGUUCUUGAAGUCGAUGACCUGGAUAAUAUUGCCACUCCAGAGAGUAUUCUUAUGUCUGCAGUGUGCGGAGAAGAUGCUCAAGAUCGUUCAGAUCGUACUAUCCUUUUGCCCUGGGUCAAGUUCUUAUGGGAAUCUUACUGUCAAUGCUUAGAGCUGCUUCGCUUGAACACUCACUGUGAGAUUCUCUAUCACGAUAUUGCCCGCAUGGCGUUCCAGUUCUGCUUGAAGUACAACAGAAAAAGUGAGUUCCGUCGUUUAUGCGAUAAAUUGCGCAAGCAUUUGGAAGACGUUUGUAAAGGCACUAACCAGGCAAACGGCGUGAGUAUUACUAAGUUAGAAACUCAACAGCUGUGCUUAGACACGAGACUACAUCAAUUGGAUAGUGCAAUUCAAAUGGAACUUUGGUUGGAAGCAUAUAAAGCAAUCGAAGAUAUCCAUGGCUUAAUGGCUUUGUCCAAGAAAAGUCCUGCAGCUAAAACAAUGGCUAACUACUACCAGAAACUAGCAAUGGUCUUUUCAAAGGCUGGUAAUCAGUUGUUUCAUGCCGCAGCUUUACUCAAACUUUUCCAGUUGACUCGAGAACUCAAAAAAAAUACAACAGAAGAAGAGAUGCAACGCAUGGCUUCACAUGUGUUAAUUGCCACAUUGUCUAUUCCGCUGCCAUCAGCUCACCCAGAAUUUGAUAGGUUUAUUGAGACUGACAAGACCCCACUGGAAAAAGCUCAAAGAUUAGCUGUGCUCCUUGGUCUUACUCAACCACCGACAAGGGUCUCUUUGCUGAAAGAGGUGGUUCGUCUGAAUGUGCACCUUUACGCUUGUGAAGAGUUCAAAAACCUCUAUAAUUGGUUAGAAGUUGACUUCAAUCCAUUAAGUCUUUGUCAGCGGGUACAACUCGUUAUUGAAGUUAUAGAAAAGGAGGAGAACAAUAUGCUUAGCCAGUAUAUUCAAUCUUUGAAGGACGUAACAAUUAUGCGGUUGAUAAGGCAAAUAUCGCAAGUCUACCAAAGUAUUGAAUUUACUCGUUUAAUUGAAUUGGCAACUUUCUCCAAUAUUUUCUGUUUGGAACAAAUUUUGGUCGAUUGUGUGCGUCACAAUGAUAUGCAAAUACGUAUUGAUCAUCAGAAACGUUGUAUUUACUUCGGAACGGAAUUAACCCAAAGUCAACGCGAGGAUCAUACAGAUGGGCCAUGUUUACAAUCAAUGCCCUCUGAACAAAUUCGUUCACAGUUGGUUAAUAUGUCUAAUGUUUUGCACCGAGCCGUAGCUAUUGUAAAUCCAAAUCGCAAAAAAGAAGAACGUCAAAAAGUGCGCUCGCAAAUGGUUUGGCAGUACCAUGAGAUUAAAGAAAAAGAACAUCAAAGAAUACUUCAACGGCAAAAGAUAAUUGAGGAUCGAAAAGAAUACAUUGAAAAACAAAACAAUGCACGGGAAGAAGAAGAACACCGACGCAUAGAAGAAGCAUCUCGACAAAUGAAAAUAGCAGAAGAGAAACGUUUACAACAAGAAAAUGAGGAACGUGAAAAAAAACGUGCGUUGAAUGAAAUUGCAGCCAUAAAAGAAAAAAGCUUGAAAGAAAAAAUGCAACAAAUUUCCCAGACGGCUCAUGGAAAAAAAAUGCUUUCAAAGUUGGAUGAAGAAGGCAUUAAAAAGUUAGAUGCUGAGCAAAUUGCUGCGCGAGAGACUGAAGAAUUAAACCGCGAACGUAGAGAAUUACAGACAAAGUUAAAAUCAUUGGAGAAAAAGGUUGAUUAUUAUGAACGAGCCAAGCGCAUCGAAGAAAUUUCAUUAUUCCAAAAAUAUCUUGCUGAAAAGCAGGUUAAGGAUAAAGAGUUUUGGGAAUUGCAGGAACAACAACGUAUUGAGAAUGCCAUAGCUGAGCGCAAGAUUGCAGUUGAACAACAAUGUCGGUUGAAACGUAUGUACCCAGAUCGUCAUACUUUCUUGGAAAAUAUAAAGAAAGAGCGUGCAUCUUCCUUCGUAGAAAAAUUAAAGGACUUUAACAUAGCUCUUGAAGAAGAGCGUAAAAAACGCCUCGCACAAAGAAUUCUACUUCGCCGAGAACAGCGUCGUCAGAAUUGGUUGCAAGAGAAGGAAGAUGAGCGAUUGCGAAAAGAAGAAAUUAUUCGUCGGGAAAAAGAGGAAGAAGAACGUAUGGAGAUGGAACGCCGUCGUAAAGAACGUGAAACUGAAGAAGAAAAAAGAAGAAUUCAAUACGAAAAACAACGCCAAAAAGAAGAAGAAGUUGAGAAAAAAAUUCUUGAAGAACGCGAACGUUCAGCGCGUGAAGUGCAGAAGGAACGUGAACAUGAAAUUUGGCGUCCUAGGGGAUUUGAACGUGGAGAACGAGUUGAAAAAACAGAACGUAACGAACGUGUUGAAAAUAAAGAAUGGCGUAGAGGAGGUGGUGCUGAUACUACCGCAUCUACAGAACUUUCCACACAAGUGGGAGGUUCUGACUGGCGCAGAGGACAACCGACUGCGGCGGGAGGUGAUAAGUGGCGUCGCACCGGAGAAGACCGCGACAUUCGUAGAAGUGGUGAAGACCGUCGUGGCGGUGAUGAUCGUCGUACCGUAGAUGACCGUCGUAUGGUUGAAGACCGUCGCGAGGAUCGAUUCGCUCCACGUCGUCGUGAUGCACCACGUGAACAGGAUAAUCGUGAAUCAGGGGGAAGCUGGCGUACUAAUUCCCGUUCUAAUGAUGAUCCUCGUGGGCCCACAGGAGAUCGUUCAGAACGAGUCGGCGAACGUGGAGAUCGCCAGAUUCGCCCAACGCAAAAUAAAGAUUCAUCCUCUAGUUGGAGACGCCCAGGUGAUGAAGAACGGAAAGAUCGUCCUCCUCAGCGCCGAGAAGAAAAAGAAAAUCGUGAUGAAGGUGAAUGGACAAAUGUCAAGCGUCGUUAAUCAACAAAUCAUACCAACAACGAAAUGAAAUGAAGUGCUUAUAUAUGAUGACAACUUUUUCCACUAUAGCAAAGGCAAUUAAGAAACUAUAAAGCUAAUAUCCAUUUCAAACACGGAUAAAUAUGUUUAAAAUAAUAAAAGUAUUCAGUUUUAUUCUUGGGAUACACGUAUAUGUUUACAACAAAAAUAAUACUGUACCAAGUUUUGUAUUUUUUCCUUCUAUAAAAUAAAAACAUAUAACUGAACUUUGAA